AUGGCUUCGGAAAAGCUUGACAAUGCGCCCCAGCCAGACCUGGAGCUGGCGACGGAUGGCGACAAGUAUAUCAACGACGCCUCAAACGAUACGAUUAACGAAAGCUCCAGGAAUACCGCCAACGGAACCUCCAAAGAUGCCUCUAAAGAUAUCCCCAAGGAUGGAGUAGCCGAAAAAGCGCCUGUACAAUCUGGCGGCCCUCCUGGAGCGCCUUCACCCCCUCCUGAUGGCGGAUUAGUUGCAUGGCUCCAGGUCGCCUCGGGCUUCGUCCUAUUCUUCAAUACAUGGGGUCUGAUCAGUGCUUUUGGUGUCUUUCAGGCGUAUUAUGAGUCUGGUGUGCUUUUCCAGGCCACUUCUUCAAACAUCUCAUGGAUUGGAUCCAUCCAGUCCUUCCUCCUUCAAUUCGCCGGACUGAUCGCCGGACCACUCUAUGAUAGAGGUUACUUGCGACUUCUCCUUGUCACUGGUAGCUUCAUGAUUGUCUUUGGCUUGAUGAUGCUGUCCUUGUGUACCGAGUAUUGGCAGGCGUUGCUAGCACAGGCCUUUGUUAUCGGCAUUGGCGCUGGACUGCUCUUUGUCCCAACAGUGUCGCUUCUCCCGACGUAUUUCAGCACUCACAUGGGCCUCGCUGUUGGAGUUGCCUCGUCCGGCUCCUCACUCGGCGGUGUCAUCUACCCCAUUGUACUAUACCGUCUGAUCGGCCAGAUCGGCUUCCCCUGGGCUGUGAGAUGUCUCGGCUUCAUCGCCCUUGCGACCUUCAUCGUCCCCCUGGUUUUCAUGCGCGUCCGAGUCCGUGUGCCAAAGCCACGAGCCAUCGUUGACUGGUCCGCCUUCACCGACGCUCCAUUCGCGACUUUCAUGCUGGCCGUGCUCAUCAUCUUCAUCGCCCAGUGCGUGUUGCUCUUCUACAUCUCCUUCUACCCGGUAAACCGCAACCUCACCAACGAGUCCCUUGGAUUCUACAUGACGGCCAUCUUCAAUGCUGGAUCGGUGCUGGGGCGGAUCUUACCCAACGCCCUGUCUGAUCGCAUCGGUCCGUUCAACACCAUGGGCCCCUUGACGUUGGUCUACGGCACAACAAUUUGUUGUCUGUUAGCUGUGCACAAUGCGGCUGGAAUGGUUGUGGAAGGAAUCGUCACGGGCUUUUUCAGUGGCAUGGUCAUUGCUCUACCACCUGUGUGCUUCCGCAUGCUCACCAAGAAUCCUUCUAUGAUCGGUACACGCAUGGGCCAAGGGUUUGCCAUCAGUGGAUUGGGACUGCUGCUCGGAGGUCCUAGCGCGGGUGCCAUCCUCGGAAGCGAUGAACCAUUGAACUGGACGGGAAUUUGGCUUUAUGGAGGUGUCUGUGGUUUGGUGGCUGGCUUGAUUAUUCUUGCUGUUCGCGUUAUGAGAGCUGGAUUCACGCUGAAAGUGAAGGCAUGA